UGAUAACAAAAUAACCUACAAAUUCGUAGAUGUAAAUAAACUCAAAAAUUCAAGAAGAUUUUGUUGUUAUGAAUUGAUAUUUUAGUUAAGAAUUUAAGAAAAAACAAUUCAAUAUGUCUUCAGCUUCCGAGAGUGGCUCGGACAGAAGUAGUAGAAGCAGAAGUGGUAGUCCAAUAUCUAAUCAUGGGCCAGCUCCAACACCGGGUCAUAAUUUAGAAUCCCCAGAAUAUGACAAGUCGCAUAGUGAUCGAUCUAGGUCUCCAUCUGUGGAGUCUAAUAGAUCGGGUGGUAGUGGUUCACAAAGAUCUCAUUCUCCCCAGAGUCCCAAUUCGCAAGUAUCACAAAGCCCGGCCAGAUCUAGAAAAUCAAGAUCAAGAAGUAUUCAGUCCAAUAGAAGCGGAUCUCAAAGAUCUAAUAGUGCCGGUUCAGUUUCUCAGAGAAGUCAUAGCUCAGGUUCACAUGUAUCCGGAAGUCAAACAUCUAGACCUGCUUCUGUUCAGUCAAAUAAAUCUGGAUCUCCCCACUCCAAUAGAUCUGGAUCAGCUCAUUCCAAUAGAUCUGGAUCAGCUCAUUCUAAUAAAUCAGGAUCACCACACUCAAAUAGAUCAGGUUCUGUUCAUUCAAAUAGGUCUGGAUCAGUUCGUUCAAAUAGAUCAGGAUCGGCACACUCUAACAGGUCUGGGUCAGCAGCAUCUGUGAGAUCAGCUUCACAAGAAUCAAAUAAAUCUAAUCAGCGAUCUAGAUCCGGUUCAGUUGCAUCGAACAAAUCAGCCGAAAGAUCGAGGUCUAAUUCUCCAGCUUCAAAUAAAUCUGAACAGGGAUCUAGGCCUGGAUCUAAAGCUUCAAAUAAAUCUGGCCAACGGUCAAGGUCUGGUUCUCGCGAAUCAAACAAAUCUGUUCAUAAGUCGAGGUCACAAUCUGUUGAAUCAAAAGGUAGCAGGUCAAGGUCUGGUUCAUCUGCAUCAAAAAGGUCAGGCUCUUCAGGAUCAGGAAAAUCAAAUAAAUCGAGGUCAAGAUCCAAAAGUAAUGCUUCUUCAAGGUCUGGAUCAGCUGGCUCACAAAAAAGUAAAAAAUCAAAUAGAUCUCGGUCAAGAUCUUCUUCUAAAUCUGGUAGAAGCAGGUCUAACUCUCCGAAUAAUUUGCAAAUAGAUGAAGAAGCGAUUGUAGAGAAAAGAAAAUUGGAGGACGAAGAAGAGGAUGAAAAUCAGGAACCACCGCUAAAGAAGAAAAGGGUAAUUGAUUCAGACAGUGAGGCAGAAGAAGAAAAAGAUAAAGGUGUCAGUGCAGCUGCAAUUUUCGGUGAUGAUGCUGACGACAUUAGUAGUGAAGAAGAAAAAGAAAAGGAUACUUCAGAUAAAGAGGAUGCACCACAGCAAAGAUCUGAUAAUGAAGAGGUAUCAGACCAAGAAGCCCAAAAAGAAGAUGAAGAGAAAGAAAACGAACCAGAACCUGUUCCUGAAACAAGGAUUGAUGUGGAAAUUCCAAAAAUUAGCUGUGAUCUAGGAAGAGAUAUACAUUUCGUAAAAUUGCCAAACUUUUUAUCAGUUGAGACGAGACCAUAUGAUCCUGAAACCUAUGAGGAUGAAAUUGAUGAAGAAGAAACUCUUGAUGAAGAAGGAAGAGCAAGAUUGAAACUUAAGGUAGAAAAUACAAUAAGAUGGCGAGAUGUUAUGGAUAAAGAUGGAAAUUUCAAAAAAGAAUCGAAUGCAAGAUUUAUAAAAUGGUCAGAUGGAUCAUAUAGCUUGCAUUUAGGUUCAGAAAUUUUCGAUGUCUAUAAGCAACCUCUACAGAAUGAUCAUAAUCAUUUAUUCAUCCGACAAGGUACCGGUUUACAAGGACAAGCCGUAUUCAGGACAAAGCUUAGUUUUAGACCUCAUUCAACCGAGAGUUUCACACAUAGAAAGAUGACUUUGUCACUGGCUGAUAGGUCACAGAAGACUUCAGGGAUCAAAAUAUUAUCUCAGGUUGGUAUUGAUCCUGAUCAAGAUCGAUAUACAAGAUUGAAGAAAGAAGAAGAAAAACUUAGACAGACUGCAAGACCUUCUAAACCAAGAAGGAAAGAAACCUCGCGCUCUCUCAAUGCAUCUAGGCACGAAGAAGAAGGAAGUGAUGAUGAUGGAGCUAUUUCCCUUAAUGCCAUUAAAAAUAAAUAUAAGCAGGGAGCAGCCAAUAAUAAAGCUGCAGCUGCUACUAUUUAUUCUUCAGAUGAAGAUGGGUCUGAUAUUGAGGUGAAGUCAAAAAAGCAAAGUAAAGUAAUGAAUAUUGAGGAAUCUGAUGAAGAUUCAAAUUGACAUAAAUUGUAGUUUUAAUUUCGAAAAAAUUAUGUUCUAAUGGAAUUGAAUAAAUACCUUUUUAAAAA